GCGCAUUUCCUUCUCAGGAUCCGCAAACUUCCCUCGGCCGUUAUCCCCGGCGGAAUCACUGAAGGUGAUCAUCGCCGAUUCAGAAAAUGUCGGUUACUUUCAGUAAAGCUCUCAUCAUUUCGUUUCAAAAAGGUUUACUUGUCUACACGGCUCCCCGCUGUUUCCCCUCCCUCUUGUGUCCUUCUCUCUCCCGAGUCCCGAAAGCUUUGGGAUUUCGACAUUUUAGUAGAGCUGUUGAGGUGUGAGAACUUUGAAGUGCGCUCCUAAGAAAUAGAAAAAGAUAAUUCUUUCGGCCUUUUAACUUCGGUCGGUAUCAAUUUCGAUAUCUGUUUCCUCUUAUUCACACUCAGAGUAGAGGGAAUGUUGUUUUUGAAAAUUUUGUUGCAGGUGUUUUAUUUUCACCCUUUAUGCAGCUUGAGAAUGUUUACCUUACCUGAUACUACUGUUAAAAUUUUCAUCUGUGAUUAUGUUCUCUGUUCCAAUUGUCUUGGUUUGCUUCCAUUAUUUCUAUGGCUGUCUAGGAAUCACCUAAAUAACCUAAGUAUUGUGUGUUAUGAAGUGUUUUGUAAAGAAAGAUAGAGAAGACCAGAAUGAUCCUACCUUGUCUGAGUUUCUUGAAACUUUACUCACUGCAUAUCAUGGUCUAGAUUUGAUGCCAAUCCAAUAUUCCAGGUGCGCUAGCUACUAAAGUUUGAAGUUGCCA